UGGGCGGAGAUCAUCCUAACGGCAUCAUGUUAUUGUGUCUCUUUUUCCGUGUUGGGUUGUUGAGUGUUUGAAGCGGGAAUCCAUAAAGACCCUUGGCGAUGUUGAUCAUGACAACCAUGAUGUCCACCGUCAUUGGUCUGCAUGUGUUGAUGCUUUGUUGUUUUGUUGGUUCUCAAUCAGCUCUUUUGGUAGAAAAGCAGUCCGUUCAGCGGGGCAUGGUUUGCCGCGCUGAGGAAGGUCACACCAUUCUUGGAGUCCUUGAUCUUUGGGCCGAGCGUGGAACAGGCUCCCAGGGCAGUCGACACCGGAGCAGCGGAGUUGGGCAUGGAGCACUUCAACGAGCAGCAGAAAGCCGCUGUGGCCCAUGCUUGCUGCCAGCAGCUCACUCUGGUGCAGGGGCCACCGGGCACCGGGAAGAGCUCGGGUCUCCAUUGUGGAAGAGUGGCGAAAGUCGGUCACGGAUUCGAGGUCCAUCUUGGUGGCGACGGGAACGCAUGCCGCGAAGGACGUGCUGCAACGUCGCUUCAAAGCCAAAGGGAUCCUGCCAUCUCGGAGACACCGGAGCGCAGAUCGCCCACGCGAAGCUGCUUCCGAGGAUCCUGACGUCUUCGUGGAGACCGUCUAUAUGGCCUCCGAGCCGGACGAGAGGACAGAUGCUCGAGUUCUCCUCGAUGAGAGCUCUCAGAUGACCAUCGCAGCUGCACUGGUGGCGCUCACCCGCGGCUGCGAGCAGCUGGUACUGAUUGGAGAUCCCAAGCAGCUUGGGCCAGUUUCAAGCUUUGGAAGCCAUUCGAAGUGUCCGCCUGAGGAGCUGCAAUGCUUGCUGCCCUUUGCCAGGGAACGACGAAGCAUCUUCGAGGCCCUUCAGGAGAGGCAAGAAGAGCAGCAUAUGCUUCAGGUGCAGUAUCGAAUGGAUCCCUUGCUUUGCCAGUAUCCUUCGCAGCGAUUCUACGACGGGAACUUGUUGACCGCCGACACGGUGGAAAGCCGAAGUUUUCCCGGACAGCUGCCCGAGGGAUUCAUCCUCAAGGAAGGGCCUCCAGAGCAUCCGGUGAUCUUUGUGGACACCUCGGGCCAGAACUUCCAUGAAGAGAUUGUCCGUCGCGCGGGGAGCUUGUCGUUGCAGAACCCCUUGGAAGCUCAGAUUGUCGCCGCUCUCCUGCAAAGCCUGGAGGUGCAGCCGACCUCCGCCGUGAGUGUGAUCUCCGCCUAUGGUGCUCAGAUCAACCUUUUGGCAGAGGUGCUGCAUGGGAAGAAAGUACUGGAGCUGGAACAGCAGCGUCGGCGGAGGUCCAUGAUGAUCAGGCAGCAUGGGCUGGACCCCUUGGAGGAUGAGCCGUAUCCACGUUCCUUCACCGUGGAUGGCUUCCAGGGCAACGAGAAUGACUACAUCAUCUUCAGUGCGGUGCGGAGCAAUCCCACAGGCCUCACGGGCUUUCUGGGACAGCGCCAGCGCUUGAACGUGCUCCUCACACGUGCGCGCUAUGGCCUCAUUGUGGUGGGCGAUGCCAGCACUCUGCAGUCUGAUGAGGAGUGGGGCUUGUGGCUUCAAUCCGAAAAGCGGGUGGUCACGCUCACAGAUGAGGCUGCCGAGUUUCUAAGGUGUCGAUUCAAACAACAUGAAAUUGAAUCGAUAAAUAAAUAGAUAAAUAAUAUUCUAUUAUAUAUAUAAUGAUAAGUAAUAUUUAAAAAAU